CCAUAAGAAAUUACUCCAACAUUAACACAUUAUGGUUUUUCUCUUCUGGUGUCUGAAUCAACUUGCGUGCAGAUUGAUUGAUUAGAUAUCUGUUAUCUCCAACAUCAGUGUAGGGAAAAGUGUUCAUUUGUGAUGGAGAAAAAGAGAUCAUCAAGAAAUCCACAUCAGAUAGAUAAGAGUCAGCUUAAUUGUAUGUGGGGAUUGAUUAGUAGCCUUUAUUUUGGUCAAAAUCAGAGGAAACAGAAGCUGCUGUCAAAUGGGAAAGGUUCUACAAAGAAUGUUAUAGGCAAAAAUUCAAGAAAGAUUGAUGCUUUAACUUACUGUAGCGACCAAUUGUAUGGCUAUGAGGAUGGAGCUGAAGUGGAAGCUUUAGGAGUUCGUACGGGUGAUAAAAGGAUAAAGACUUCGAUUCACGAAGAAAUUUCUGGUGAAAUGCAGAAGAGCACUCAAAUUAUAGCCCGAAAUGAGCAACACGAAGAAGUAGAUUAUGGACUAUUUGAUCAUAUGAUAAGUAAAUACAAGCCAUCGCCAAAGAAGGGCUGUAAGAAUCAGUCACCUGUUUACGAUUGGAAGGAUACUGAGACCGGGGAUAUUCAGCAGGCUUCAAGUUCAGCGGAAAUGUCUAUUCAUAAGUUAAAAUUGGCAUCCAUAUUAGAAGCUAUCGGCAGUCAAAUUCAUCGAGAAGAUGGGGAUUCAAAGAGGAGUUCCAUUAAGAAUGAUCAGCUUGAUGAGAUCAGUUUACAAGUGCUUCAGACGAGUGCUAAAGCAUUUAUCGAUCAAAUGUUCAUAGACAGGAAGUAUAUCAGCAAAGGUAACAUGAGCUAUGAGCCCGAACAGUUUUCCAAUGCAUUAGAGAUGUUAAAUUCAAAUGGAGAUUUGUUUCUGAAACUCCUACAAGAUCCGAAUUCACUCUUAGCUAAGCAAAUCCGAAACAUGCAAAACGUGCAAAUGGCUAGAGAUUCGAUCAAGUCCUUCAUGAGUAACAGACUACCAGACUGUAACAUUUCAAAGAGUGAACAUAAGCAUCAUCAAUCUGCAUUCGAAGAAAGUUCCAACUCCCGGCCUUCAAAUAAAAUAGUUGUUCUGAAGCCGAUUCCUAGAACUGUUCGAUGUUCUGAAAAUGUUUACUGCUAUUGCUCGUCUAUCCAGUCUCAUCAUAGCACAAGUAGUAAAGGGGGAAAUUUGCAGCACAAGAACUUUUCUCUCAAAGAUAUUAAGAGGAAACUGAAAUAUGCAAUGGGAGAAAAAUGGAAAGAGAAGCAUUUGAUAUCAGUAGGAAGUACUGUACAUAAGCUUCAUAGCGUCAGCGAUAGGAAGAACUUAGAAGUUGAUGAAGGGGGAAGUUCAUGUCUUACUACUGCACGAUCCACUAACUCGUUCACCGAGUCCAACAACAAGAAUGAGGCACAAAAUAAACAAAUAUCCACAAGUGAAGCACCUAAAGUCUCCUUUCUGACUGAAAAAGUGCGUAAAAAGUUGGACGCGUCUGCCAUAAGCUACACCAAGAAACGGGAACUCGAUAUAUCUAUGGAGGCAAAGAGACAUCUUUCUCAAAGAUUGAACUUUGUCAACACUACAGAUGAAGCUGCGAUGAGCACACAACCCUCAAGAACAUUGGAAAGAAUUCUUUCCUCGCCCGAGCAUGAUCGUUUGUUCAACUAUUGUUCAAAACAGGAUCGAAAGAGUAAUCCAGAACAACCGUGUUACAAUGAUACAAGUAUAGCGGAAUUGCCCCGUGAUCCAACACAUACUAGUUUUCAAAGUCCUCAAAGACACAAGGAUUCUCAGCAUCUCAAAAGCUCAAUGCUGGCUUCACCUUCAGAAGUCUGGUCUCCUGGUUCUUCAACUGACGUUUCAUCGACGAGUCCAUAUAGCAUGUACAAAUUAAGAGGUGUCGACAGCAUUAUGGACCGAGGAGAUCACCCAAGCCCGGUGUCAGUCCUGGAACCAGUUUUCACCGAUGAUCUAAUCAGCCCUUCAAGAAAUGAACCAUCUGGCACUGUAUUACAACCACGUCGUAUCAACUUUGAGGGAUGUUUGAACAAGGAAUCCACUGAAAAUGCCAUACUGAAUCGUGCUGAACCUGACACCCUUCGCACUUACAUUCAGUCAAGUUUGCAUACUCUUCACUUGAAUUGGGAAGAACUUUGGCUAAAUAGGCAUCUUUCAGAACAAAUGCUCGAUGCAAUGCUAUCCGAUGAACUAGAGACAUUAGCACUACAAUGCCAUUCCGAGCCUAAACUCCUUAUGGACUACACAAAUGAAGCUCUACUAGAAGCAUAUGAUUCUCACUUCAGAUAUCCUCCGUGGCUAUCGUUCUUUCAACCCAAACUCUGGUCCUUUCCACCAGAAAAACAUCUACUGGAAAAGGUAAUGAAUGAAGUGAAACAACACCUUGUUCCAUUGAUGGAUCAACCUACAUUGAAUGACCAUGUUGAAACUGACUUGGCAAAAUCUGGUUCAUGGCUCGAUAUACGAGACGAUACUGAAGAUGUUCUGACUCAAAUCACAGAUGAUGUCCUUGAAGAAUCAAUUAUGUGUACUGUUCUUCAACUUCAAAACCUCUUUCUUGUGUAGCUAAAUUUAAGCUUCUUUCAUGGAAAUUUCAUUUUUUUCUUUCUUUUUGUUGUAAUGAGAAUUUAUACUCCUUAGCUAGUAUAUAUAUCUUCUUGUUUAUAUAGAGUUUUGUUUUUAAAAUGUUGUUAUGAUGAUUAUAGUUGAUGUAGUUAAAUAACAUAUUAGAAUAUUGAAGGUACCAAUUCACACUCC